AGACACUCACAGCUGUUUGGACAUCAGACUGAUCAUCUUUAAAAGGCGAAAGUUGUCACCAUGAGUUCCGAAAAGACAAAAGUGGAAGACGAAGCAGUCUUGGACAGAGGAGCGUCCUUUGUCAAGCAUGUCUGCGAUGAGGAGGAAGUAGAGGGUCACCACACUGUAUACAUUGGUGUGCAUGUUCCCAAGAGCUACCACCGGAGGAGACGCCACAGACGCAAGUCGAGCCACAAGGAGAAGCGGGAACGACCCGAACAGAGUACGGAAGAAUACAAGUCAGAUGGGGAGAACGCAGACGAAUCCGCUGCACACACCCUCAAACCUCUCAUCUCUCCAGCGGAGAGGAUCAGGUUUAUCCUGGGAGAGGAGGACGAUGGCCCCCCACCUCCUCAGCUUUUCACCGAGCUGGACGAGCUGCUGUCUGUGGACGGGCAGGAGAUGGAGUGGAAGGAGACUGCCAGAUGGAUCAAGUUUGAGGAAAAGGUGGAGAAAGGCGGCGAGCGCUGGAGUAAGCCUCACGUGGCCACACUGUCCUUACACAGCCUGAUGGAGCUCAAAAUGUGCAUCGAGAAGGGCACAAUCAUGCUGGACCUGGAGGCCACCACGCUGCCGCAGGUUGUGGAGAUGAUCACCGACAGCCAGAUUGAGACCGGUCAGUUGAAGGCAGAAGUGAAGGAGAAGGUCAUGUACACGCUGCUACGAAAGCAUCGCCACCAGACCAAGAAGUCCAACUUGCGCUCCCUUGCAGAUAUUGGAAAGAGUGUUUCCAGUGCAAGUAGGCUGUUUUCCAGCCAGGAAAAUGGUAGUCCAACUACUGCCCAUCGAAACCUCACCUCCAACAGCCUGAGUGACUUCUCUGACAAGCCAGAGAAGGAUCAGUUGAAGAAUAAGUUCAUGAAAAAACUGCCCCGAGAUGCCGAAGCAUCAAACGUGCUGGUCGGAGAGGUAGAUUUCCUGGAAACUCCCUUUGUGGCAUUUGUUCGUCUGCAGCAGGCUGUCAUGCUGGGGGCUCUCACCGAAGUCCCAGUGCCCACAAGAUUUCUCUUUGUGCUGCUGGGCCCUAAAGGUAAAGCCAAGUCCUACCAUGAGAUUGGAAGAGCCAUUGCCACCCUGAUGUCAGAUGAGGUUUUCCAUGAUAUCGCCUAUAAAGCGAAGGACAGGCAGGACCUGCUGGCUGGUAUUGAGGAGUUUCUGGAUGAGGUCAUCGUCCUGCCUCCUGGCGAGUGGGACCCUGAUAUCAGGAUAGAGCCACCCAAGUCUCUGCCCUCCUCGGACAAGAGGAAGAACAUGUAUGCUGGAUUAGACCCACCUCAGAUGAAUGGUGACACUCCCCAUGAUGCAGGACAUGGAGGGGGAGGGGGACACCAGGUUGGAGAGGAGCUUCAGUGCACUAGAAGGUUUUGUGGAGGUCUUGUCCUGGAUAUCAAGCGGAAACUGCCAUUUUUUGCCAGUGACUUCUAUGAUGCGCUAAAUAUCCAGUCUCUGUCAGCCAUCCUGUUCAUCUACCUGGGCACAGUCACCAAUGCAAUCACAUUUGGAGGUUUGCUAGGAGAUGCGACUGACAACAUGCAGGGAGUGUUGGAGAGUUUCCUGGGUACAGCACUGACAGGAACAGUGUUCUGUUUGCUGUCUGGUCAACCCUUGACUAUUCUCAGCAGCACAGGCCCGGUGCUCGUCUUCGAAAGGCUCCUCUUCCACUUCAGCCGAGACAAUAACUUCAACUACCUUGAGUUCCGGCUGUGGAUCGGCCUGUGGUCGGGUUUUUUCUGUCUGGUGCUGGUCGCCACAGACGCCAGCUUCCUGGUGCAGUACUUCACACGCUUCACCGAGGAAGGUUUUUCUGCGCUCAUCAGCUUCAUCUUCAUUUAUGAUGCCUUCAAAAAGAUGAUAAAGCUGGCGCACCACAACCCAAUUAACGCCAAGUACAAUCCAGACCUCAUCACUCACUACGACUGCCAGUGCAUGCCUGGAAACUCAUCAGAACUCCUUGAUGUCUCUGCCCUGACAAACAGUACUGCUCUGCCGGUAAAUGCCACCUGGGAGUCCCUGGACAUGGAGCAGUGUAAGGUCUUCGGAGGGCAGCUGGUCGGAGAGGCCUGUGGCUACGUGCCUGACAUCACCCUGAUGUCUUUCAUCUUGUUCUUUGGGACCUACACCUGCUCCAUGGGUCUGAAGAAGUUCAAGACGAGCCGCUUCUUCCCCACCACAGUGAGGAAGCUCAUCAGCGACUUCGCGAUCAUCUUGGCCAUUCUUCUCUUCUGCGGCGUGGACGCCUUUGUUGGUGUGGGCACUCCAAAGCUCAUAGUGCCAAGUGAAUUCAAGCCCACAAAUCCAAAGAGGGGCUGGUUUAUUCCUCCAUUUGGAGGUAACCCUUGGUGGGUGUACCUUGCAGCUGCACUCCCCGCUCUGCUGGUCACCAUUCUGAUAUUUAUGGAUCAGCAGAUCACUGCCGUGAUUGUCAACAGGAAAGAGCACAAACUCAAGAAAGGGGCAGGGUAUCACUUGGACCUGUUCUGGGUGGCUGUCCUGAUGAUUAUCUGCUCUUUCAUGGGCCUGCCUUGGUAUGUUGCUGCCACUGUCAUCUCCAUUGCCCACAUUGAUUCUCUGAAAAUGGAGACGGAGACAUCGGCCCCCGGAGAGAUGCCCAAAUUUCUUGGUGUCAGGGAGCAAAGAGUCACCGGUAUCUUUGUGUUCCUCCUGACGGGACUCUCUGUCUUCAUGGCCCCUAUCCUCAAGUUCAUUCCCAUGCCUGUGCUGUAUGGUGUGUUCCUCUACAUGGGUGUGGCGUCACUCAACGGCGUCCAGUUCAUGGAUCGCCUGCAGCUGCUCCUGAUGCCAGCCAAGCACCAGCCAGACCUCAUCUACCUGCGGCACGUCCCCCAGAGACGCAUCCACCUCUUCACCUUCAUCCAGGGCCUGUGUUUGGCUCUCCUCUGGAUCCUCAAGUCUACAGUAGCCGCCAUCGUCUUCCCUGUCAUGAUCUUGGCGUUGGUUGCUGUUCGAAAGGCCAUGGACUACGUCUUCUCCCAACAUGACCUCAGCUAUCUGGAUGACGUCAUCCCAGAGAAGGACAAAAAGAAGAAAGAGGACGAGAAGAAAAAGAACAAGAAGAAGAAGGGAAGCAUCGAUAGUGAAAUGGAAUUUUCUGACUAUCCCUACCAUGAAAAUAUACCCAGUAUAAAAAUCUCUAUGGAUAUGAUGGAGCAGGAGCCCAUGUUGGGGGAUAAAUCUUUGAAUAGAGAUCAGUCGCAGACUCUCCUUAACACGCAUUCUCCGUGCUGAACAGUACUUUGAGUCACCCACAGUGGCAGAGUAAGUGAAUACCAGCUGCCAUUCGCAUCAUGGAAGGAAAUGCACAAGGAGUUCUUGGUGUAUGAUUCUGAGUUCAUGAGACACCACAUUUAUAUCACGCUAUAUCUCUUCUUGCUCUUUCAGUCUUGACAGAGGUUCUUAUAAUGGCUUGCCUCAAACUCGAAUAGACCAAGACACUGAGGACAAUGGUUUCUUCUGGAGGAAGGGCUCUGAUACUGAUCUGUGAAUGCAUUAACCUAAGAUACCAGCACAAUAUAAGAAACCUAAUUUUAUACUGUACCAUUUCAGGAUGGUAUUUUUAAUCUUAAUCAUGUGAGGAUUUCAAUCACAGUGGCUGGAAAUAUUUGUCUUAAAAUUGAGAAAUGCUUUGGGGGUACUGAAUUUUAAUGUGGAAGCGACAAGAUCCGUUUGAUCAUUUUUCAUCUGCAUGACUGCUUGCAUAAAACAAAGGGCUACUAAAGGUCAUCUGUAUGCAGUUUUUCUGGGACAUUAAUAUCUUAUUAAUGCAUAUGCUAAUAAUUUAUCAAGUGUCCAAGUAAAGAUGUCCAGGAUAGGUUUGUAGAGUAGAAUGCAGAUGGUUUUCACACCAACCAGACCAAGUUUUAUUUCAUGCUGUACAUAUUAGGAGUUCCCUGCAAGUUUUGUUUUUAGAUUAUUCCAAAGAACAGGAAACAUAACUGGCCUCUCUGAUAGUACAGUUUUUAUAGUCUUAAGUUAAAAAACAAAGUGGAGGUAUACUGCAUGUUCAGGAGACACACACAUGAGAAAUCCUCCUCUUCUUGUUGUGAACAAAAAGGUCAUCUAUGUGCAGUCAUGGGCGGACAUUUAUUUUGUAUUCAUGGGCAUAUUCAUUAUUUAUCAAGCAUCCAUCUGAGGCUGCAUAUUCAUAAAAUACAUCACAGAAGUUAAUGUAAGAAUAACCCAUUUGUUUCAGUUUGGCAAGUAAAUGGUUCAGCACUGUACAAACUGGAACAACCCCCCUCCCCCCAUAUUUAUUAUAUUUAAAGACUUGGCAAAUUUUUAUUUGUCGUUUGAAUCUGGAGUAUUACCAUUUAACUUCCCAAUUAAUGCAAAUUUGAAGAUAUUCUUUCUCAGUGGUCUGUAUCCACUCAGCUGUCUUUUCCCUGUUUUAGGGAGAUAUAGAUGUAUUAUAUCUGUUUUGUAGCUCUACCUCUUAUUUCUCUGUAGGUGCCAGGCAUUAUAUAUAAAGAAAAACAUCUGUUGUGCAAUUAUUUGUAUUUAAACACUGAUUUUUUUUUUCAACUGGCACUGCAUAGGAUCUCUGAAUCUCCACUUUGAGUUCCUUUUUGCUCAGUGACACUUAAGAAAUUGUAUUUUUGUUUUGUUUGUUUGUCAAUAUGAAAUAUGUACGAUUUUUUGUUGCAGUGUUUUUAAAGGGGGUUAUUCCAUCUAAAUUACUUGUUAGGUUUUUUUCUUCAAAACCAAAAAAUGUUAAUUUAACAAUUUCUAUAUAUACAAGGUAAAAUCAAACAUGAAAAUCAAAAUGAUCUGAUGAUUGAAACACAUCAGUAUAAUAUGUUAUUUCCUUCAUGUGUCAUGUACUGUAGUGGGGAAAAAGUGGUGACCUUUUUCUUUUGAACCCAUCUCAAACGAUGAGCGCAGUUUGA